AUGCAGAACCCACAACCAGAACGACAACCUCCAAGCGCUGUGUCAAGCGCUGUGUCAAGCGCUGUGUCAAGCGCUGUGUCAAGCGCUGUGUCAAGCGCUGUGUCAAGCACUGUGUCAAGCGCUGUGUCAAGCACUGUGUCAAGCGCUGUGUCAAGCACUGUGUCAAGCAGUGUCAAGCGCUGUGUCAAGCACUGUGUCAAGCGCUGUGUCAAGCACUGUGUCAAGCAGUGUCAAGCGCUGUGUCAAGCACUGUGUCAAGCGCUGUGUCAAGCACUGUGUCAAGCGCUGUGUCAAGCAGUGUCAAGCGCUGUGUCAAGCAGUGUCAAGCGCUGUGUCAAGCACUGUGUCAAGCGCUGUGUCAAGCAGUGUCAAGCGCUGUGUCAAGCACUGUGUCAAGCGCUGUGUCAAGCACUGUGUCAAGCGCUGUGUCAAGCACUGUGUCAAGCACUGUGUCAAGCGCUGUGUCAAGCGCUGUGUCAAGCACUGUGUCAAGCGCUGUGUCAAGCACUGUGUCAAGCACUGUGUCAAGCACUGUGUCAAGCGCUGUGUCAAGCACUGUGUCAAGCACUGUGUCAAGCACUGUGUCAAGCGGUGUGUCAAGCACUGUGUCAAGCGGUGUGUCAAGCGGUGUGUCAAGCGCUGGGUCAAGCACUGUGUCAAGCACUGUGUCAAGCACUGUGUCAAGCGCUGUGUCAAGCACUGUGUCAAGCGCUGUGUCAAGCGGUGUGUCAAGCGCUGGGUCAAGCACUGUGUCAAGCGCUGUGUCAAGCACUGUGUCAAGCGCUGUGUCAAGCACUGUGUCAAGCGGUGUGUCAAGCACUGUGUCAAGCGCUGUGUCAAGCAGUGUCAAGCACUGUGUCAAGCGCUGUGUCAAGCACUGUGUCAAGCGCUGGGUCAAGCACUGUGUCAAGCGCUGUGUCAAGCACUGUGUCAAGCGCUGUGUCAAGCAGUGUCAAGCACUGUGUCAAGCACUGUGUCAAGCGCUGUGUCAAGCACUGUGUCAAGCGCUGUGUCAAGCGGUGUGUCAAGCGCUGUGUCAAGCACUGUGUCAAGCACUGUGUCAAGCGCUGUGUCAAGCGGUGUGUCAAGCGCUGGGUCAAGCACUGUGUCAAGCGGUGUGUCAAGCGCUGUGUCAAGCACUGUGUCAAGCGGUGUGUCAAGCGGUGUGUCAAGCGCUGGGUCAAGCACUGUGUCAAGCACUGUGUCAAGCACUGUGUCAAGCGCUGUGUCAAGCACUGUGUCAAGCGCUGUGUCAAGCGGUGUGUCAAGCACUGUGUCAAGCGGUGUGUCAAGCGCUGGGUCAAGCACUGUGUCAAGCACUGUGUCAAGCACUGUGUCAAGCGCUGUGUCAAGCACUGUGUCAAGCACUGUGUCAAGCACUGUGUCAAGCACUGUGUCAAGCACUGUGUCAAGCACUGUGUCAAGCGGUGUGUCAAGCGCUGGGUCAAGCACUGUGUCAAGCACUGUGUCAAGCACUGUGUCAAGCGCUGUGUCAAGCACUGUGUCAAGCACUGUGUCAAGCACUGUGUCAAGCGCUGUGUCAAGCACUGUGUCAAGCGCUGUGUCAAGCACUGUGUCAAGCGCUGGGUCAAGCACUGUGUCAAGCACUGUGUCAAGCGCUGUGUCAAGCGCUGUGUCAAGCGCUGUGUCAAGUGCUGUGUCAAGCGCUGUGUCAAGCGCUGGGUCAAGUGCUGUGUCAAGCACUGUGUCAAGUGCUGUGUCAAGCGCUGUGUCAAGCGCUGGGUCAAGCACUGUGUCAAGCGCUGUGUCAAGCGCUGUGUCAAGCGCUGUAUCUAG